AUGAAUGCGGCACCGGCGACGCAUGGCAGGCUGAGCCUCUACAACAAACUCUACAGCAAAAUCGCGCUCUACAUCGCUCUACAACGCACCCGCUUCGUCCCGCGGCGGAUGAUCCACGCGUUCGCCGCCUCCCGCUCCCGCUCCACCCGCCGCGACGGGUGGGUGCGCAAGCCGCCUCCCGCAACCAUGGGCGACUAUCUCCUCGGUGGAACCGCACUCAAGCAGGCUCCGGAGCACCCGACCUCCGCGAGCAUCACGAGCAUCAAAGAGAAGGUGCUCAACCUCAACGACCAGACCGCCUUCCCUGCGUUUGGCAAGAGCGGCGGCGGGGAGAAGUCGGCGGGAAAGCCGGCGGCGGCGUCCAAAGUGGCGCCCCGGCUCGCAAAGGCGAGCAAGGCCUUUGUCGUCAAUUGGCGGCGAGACGUUGUGACAGCAGCGUUUCGUGCGAAGGGCGAGGAGUCCGUGUAG